AUAUUGCUAUUUGUAUUCAUUGAAUACAGUGUUUGUGUUGAUGUGAACACAACAUCGGGUGUAGUGAGAGGUCUGACAGUGAAUGCAUUGAACACAAGUGUCGACCAGUUUUUGAACAUUCCUUACGCCGAACCCCCGGUCGGGAGCCUUAGGUUUGCUAAACCCGUACCCCUUAAAGAGCCCAUAAAAGAGAUUAUAGACGGAACGGAAACCGGGAACUCAUGUUAUCAAUUAUUACCAGAUAUUGUCAAACAAUUUAUCGGCAAUUUAACGCUAAGUGAAGACUGUUUGGUACUAAACGUAUGGACACCUCAUAUUAGGAGUAAUACCUCAUCAAAAGACUCACCACUAAAACCAGUGAUGUUUUGGAUUCAUGGCGGGGCCCUCGCUCUCGGGUCAUCAUUUCAGUGGCAAUACAACGGCAGUGCACUGGCAGCUCAUGAUGUGGUGGUUGUGUCCAUGAACUAUAGAUUAGAUAAGUUUGGGUUCCUAUACGGCGGCGAUGAGACCGCUCCCGGAAAUUUAGGAUUUUAUGACCAGUUAUUAGCACUCAAAUGGGUGAGAGAAAACAUUCACAAAUUUGGUGGGGAUAGGGAUCAGAUCACUAUAUUUGGUCAGAGCGCCGGCGGUUGGUCCGUAUCGGCCCAGUUAUUCUCUCCCUUAUCGAAAGGCCUGUUUAAGAGGGCUAUUAUGGAAAGUGGUGCCCAUAUGUUCAAUAAGGACAGGGAUGUUAAGACUAAAAGUGAAGCCUUCGCUGAGGCUAAACAAAUGGCAAAACAUUUGAAUUGUAGUGAAAAUGAAUGGUUAGAGUGUUUGCGGAAAGUGGACGCAGAGGACUUGAAUAAAGUCCAAUUGGGUAUGACUGUGGCCACACUAGACACGGAAUACCUCCCGGUGUCGGCACUUAAAGCGUUUCAAACACAAAAAUUUAACAAGGAUCUGGACCUAAUGGCAGGUGUGGCCGCACACGAGGGCUCAAGUCUUUUAUAUAGUAUGCUUCAGGAGAUACCCCACAACCUCACAGAAUCCAAAUUCAAACAAAUGGUUCAGGUGAUCCAGACCAAGUCAAAUGGGCCGCGUAUGACAUGUUCGGUGAUU